UUUGUAACACAUUAAUAACUAAUCAUAUAAACUGCAAAGAAAAUAAACAUAAAUAAAAUCAUAUUUCAAUUUAAGAAGAAGAGAAUAAAAUGAUUUUCAUUGUUUUAUUGAUUUUCGUUUCAACGCUUGCAUAUGUGUAUGUAAAAUGGCGGUAUACAUAUUGGAAAAAACUUGGUGUUACGUGUCCUGAGCCCGUUUUUUUCUUCGGAAAUGUAUUGGAAGCUUUUACUAUGUCAUCGCACAUUAGUUCGCUCUGUGAAAAGUGGUAUAAUGAUUAUCGACAUGAACCGUACACUGGAUACUACAAACUAUUGAGUCCAGCAAUUAAUCUGAUCGAUCCAGAUUUAAUUAAAGAUGUUCUCAUUAAACACCAUUUUAAUUUCCAUGAUAACGAGCUACAUUUCAGCAAGAGAUUCGAUUCACUAAUGAUGUACAAUCCUUUCGUCGCAAGCAAUGACAUUUGGAGAAAAGGUCGAGCUGUUCUCACACCACUGCUCACAUUAUUUAAGGUCAAAUCAAUGCAUCCACUCAUUGCAGAUAGUUGCGACAAACUUACAAAUUACUUAAGAACCAUACCAUCAAACAAGGACAUUGAAGCAAAAUCGCUUGUAGCUCGAUAUGCAACACAAAAUGUGAUUCGAUGUUUGUUUAGUAUUGAUGCGCAAUGUUUUAACGAAACAAAAAAUGAGUUCCUUGAGUUGGGCAAUAACAUUUUCCGACCAACAUUUUGGACUGGCGUAAAGCUAAUGAUGAUGUCCAUAUGUCCAAAUUUACGUGAUGUGAUGCCAUUUGGUUUUGUACCAGCUCCAGCAAAUGAGUGGUUUCGAAGUCUUGUAAAAAUGUUCAGAGAAGAACGAAUGAGAUCACCAUUACAGCAGCGACAAGACUUUCUUCAAUUCCUUCUUAACUCCGUUGACAAAUACGAUAUCAAUGAUGAUGAGCUUGCCGGCUAUGCAUUGGCAAUGUUUGUGGAUAGCUACGAAACGUCUAGUGGUGUGUUAGGUUUUGCAAUAUACGAAUUGGCACGAAAUCCAGAUAUUCAGGAUCGUCUGCAUGAAGAAAUCACAGAAGUACUAGCGAAAUAUGAUAAUAAAUUCACAUUUGAGGUUCUUCAUGAAAUGGAAUAUUUGGAUAAUAUCAUCUAUGAAACAAUGCGAUUAGAUGUUGUUGAUCCAAUUAUAAGUAAAAUUUGCACCAAAGAAUAUACGUUACCAUUGAUUGAUGGUAAAAAGAAACCAGUUACCAUUUAUCCAGGAACACCGAUACAGAUAUCAUCAAGAGCAUUGCAUAUGGACCCCGAAUACUAUCCAGAACCGGAAACAUUUGACCCCGAUCGAUUCACCGAAGAGGAGCGUCGAAAACGUCACAAGGCAGUAUAUUUGAGUUUUGGCGAAGGACCUCGAAUGUGCAUUGGAAUCAACUUUGCAUUAGCUCAAAGAAAGGCUGGCCUAAUGUCAAUCGUGCGUGAUUUCAAAAUAGCAUUGUCACCGAAUCAAAAACCAAUCAUGAUGGAUAAUCGUGCAUCUAUAUAUCAUGCACGAGAUGGACUUUACUGUAACUUUACUCCGAGAUAAAAGGACCAAAUAUUCAUAUUUUAAUUUAAACGUCUAAAAAAACGACUCAAGAAUACUUAAAAAAAUGUUUACGUAAAUAAUCAGACAAUAAUAAAGUAUCGGAUGUUUUAAUGCGUUCGA